CCUCAGUGCGCAGGCGCGCUCCGCCCUCCCCAGCGCCCGCCCGAGCGCGGCGGAUUCGAACGGAGCUCGAGCUGGGCCCCGGGAGCCGCGCCCUCCUCCUUUCCCGGCCCAGCGUCCUCCUGCCCCGGUCGAGCGGCUCCGGCCCCCGCGGCUCAGAGAGUGGGACCGGAACGGGGAGACACUCGCGGUGCGUCCKAUAAAACCUGAGGAGAAGCGGGCACUGCCGCCGCGCGCAGCGGGUGACGUCGAUCCCUUCAGGGUAUCCCUGUCCUCGGAUUGCCCUGGUUCCUCGGAGCGUGAUGAUGAAGGAUAUGGCGUCCUCAGACCUGGAAGAUUUAUGCUUCCACAUCAAUGCGAAGAUUUCAAAUAUUAAAAAGUUYCUCCUAUUAAGAGACAUAGGUGAAGACCAAUGCCGCAAAUCUAUAUUCCAGAAAAUAGGGAAUGAGGUGAUCAUUGUGCAUGAACUCCUGAAUAAAAUGGAAACUGAAAUUAAAGAGCAAGAAAAACUGAAAAAUUUGCUAAAAGAGAUGCAGAAGGCUGCUGAGAGAGAUCAAAAUGAAGCACAGCACCUCCUUGAACACAUUCCACCCUAUCUGCCUAAACCAACUCAGAACUGCAUUGCGGUGCCGACUGUGAAACAUGAAGAACAGAAAAAGGUUGUAAAAAAYGAACAUGUGAAGAAACCUGCAAAAGAGACAAAACUCAUUAAAGAAGUAGCACUAAUAACCACAGAGGAGUUUGAAAGUGUUCCUACGUACAUGAAGGGCCGUCUAACAUACGAUCAGAUUAAUGCAGUUGUUCAAGAGAUAAACAAGGCCGUGGUGGGCAAGUACAAGAUCAUGUAUCAGCCUUUGAAAUCUAUGAGUGUACCAGCCAGAAAUCUCUACCACAGGUUCACGGAAGAAGAAAAUAAGGAUACAAAAGGCAUGUUUUUUAUUGUGGAGGCUGAUAUCAAGGAGUUCACUCAGCUGAAGCUGGAUAAGCGCUUYCACAGCAUCCUCAACAUCCUGAGGCACUGCCAGAGGCUGAGAGAGGUUCGCAGCUCGAAGCUCAUCCGCUAYGUCAUCUGCUAACGAGCUGCCCUGCCUGCCUGCCCAGGAGAGGGACCUGCUGCCUGUGUUCUUGUCUCAAAGACACUAGUGAGGGCCAGGCAGUGGUUUCCAGGCAUCUACCCUAAACUAGCAGUGACAAUACAAAAUGACGUUGAAGUAUUUAUUUGGGUUUUGUUUCGAGAAGUUAUGGGGAACUACUCGUUUUUGGUAAAUUACAAGCCCAAACCAGAAAGGCAACUGGGCACAGGCAGAUUUAAUCACAUUUUCAGGUCAGCACAUGAAAGUGAAGUUCUCUGCAUGUUAAUAGUUCUCUUGCUCCUUUUGUGUUUAUGAAUUAGAGGCUGUGUUUAAGACUCUCUCUAGCUACUCAAAGGAAGUACUUGAUUUUUUUUUUUCAGCAUCCCAAACUUUCAUAAAAAUUUCCAGAUUUUCUUAAUCUUUCUUCAUAUAUUAACUGUGUUCUGGAGUUUUCUAUAUCUUUUGAACAGAAAGAUCUGAGGUGGUCUAAAGAUUUCUAGUCUGAUGAUCAGUAGUUCUGUUAGUAUGUGGUUCUGGAAUUUCAUGCAGCCAGGAUUUUCCCCUCAGAUCCUCAGACUGGCCUGAAACAGUAGAGCAGUAGGGGUUUUUCAAGUGAAAAUGUUGACAUCAUGAAAAUAUAGGUCAAACUUGUCCUGUUUUCRUUACAUAAGUCUUUAUUACAGCUUUUAUUAUAGAGGGUUGCUUUCAAAUUACUUAUUAGUUUAGUAAGUUUCAGAGUGGAUCUAUUGCAAUAAAUAAAAACUCUGCAAGUAAUAAAAACUGUCUUGAUAAGAAAAGCUGUGUUCUUUUCCUUUCAUGAACCUAUAUCUUCUCUUAUUGUAAUAUCUCAUCUAAAAUGUCUCCUCUUGUACCCUGUCAGCAUUAAUAUGAAAUUUAAUGUGCAAAAUACCCCAAAUGAUCUUUGAAGUUUGUCAAUAAAAAGAUUAGAUUCCCUUUGUGUC